GCCUCACUGCCUCGCCUCUUCCGAUCCUCGCUCGACUCCACCUCUGCCGCCACUACCACCUGUCUUCUUCUGCCACAAGAGUACUAUUCUUCCUUUUUCUUCUUCUUUUGCUUUUUCUUUUUCUUUUUUGCUCUUCUUUUUGCCCAUCUGUACCCCCUUUCUUUCCUCUCUAUCAGAAGAAAGAAUCCCCUUCCAUCCUCGCCAUGCACUGUGCUCUCGCCAGUCGUCGCCUGUGAUUGUGUGCCACUUGGUUGGAGCUGACCGCCCGCCGCCCACACGUCUCGCCCGUCAUCGAACCUGAUCUGUGCCUUUUCUGAUCUAGUCAAGCCGCAGUCCUCUCGCGUCUCACCAUCAUCCUUCUCGCUCGCUCAGACUGGACAUGGGAUCUGUCGUUCUUAAUCAAGUGCGGUCG